AUGCUUCAGUACGACAAAACACGGAUUGAUCCAAAGCGCCGUGCUGGCCUGGAUUUUAAACGAAGGCAAUUUGCUACUCCAACCUACAAACAACAAGAUUAUCCCCAUCGUUUAAACUUCUAUGAAGUGCCACCAACCGCUGAAAUCACGCUCGAGCAAUUCGAACAAUGGGCAAUUGAUCGCUUGAGGAUCCUGUCAGAAUUUGAAGCAUGCUCAUACCGAAACAAAACCCCCUCAGAGACGGCGGCGCAUAUUGCGCCUCUCCUCCAGAAAUUUCUUCCUCUUCAUUCAAAUACCGCCUCGGGAUCCGGUGUCGAUCAAAGACUAAGGGACGAGCGUCAAAAGGACCAUUAUUCUCACUUUAUUCUCAGACUCGCAUUUUCGUCGACCGACGAGUUGAGACGGAGAUUCGUUCGAUUAGAGACAAUGCUGUUCAAGUUUCGGUUUCAAGAAGAUGAUUCAAAGGAGCGACGUGCAUUUGUGGAUAGUUUGAAUUUUGACUGGGACAUUGUCUCUGACGAAGAGAAGCAUAACCUGGGAGAAGCCUUACUUGCGUCUACGCCUGGAAUCAAGAGACUCGAUAAUGAGGGGUGGUUUAAGUUUACAAGCAAGGCACUUCCUCGGUUAGACGAAGACGAUCGCCUUGUCCCGAUUCUCGAUCACCUUUCGAAGAACUUUGGAACUUCGGAUACUUCAUAUAUUGAUGGCGAGGGCGCCGUGCCUGGGGCGCCGAUUACGGCCGCAUCAAUUGAUGCCUUAUCUUCCAGCUUCCCUCUAUGUAUGCGAAAUCUGCACAUGCAACUACGAAAAAACGCCCAUUUGAAACAUUUCGGCCGGCUUCAAUAUACGUUAUUUCUCAAGGGUAUUGGACUGUCGCUCGAGGACUGUAUCAUGUUUUGGCGACAAUCUUUCAGAAACUUCAGUGAUGAUGAAUUCAACUCCAAGUAUAAAUAUAAUAUUCGCCAUGCUUAUGGUGAUGUCGGAGGCGAUUCGAAUCGGCGAGGCAGAGGGUAUCCCCCGUAUUCGUGUCAAAAGAUCUUGACCGACAAUGCCCCUGGCGCCGGACAAACACACGGGUGUCCCUAUCGCCACUUUUCUGUGGACAACCUUAUUGCUUUACUUCAAGUUACUGGUGUAAAUGACAGAGACGUCUUGCAAGGUGUACGAGAGGAUGUUGGGAGAAUGAGAUACCACAUCGCUUGCAACCGCGUUUUCGAACAUGUCCAUAAAGAUGAACUGAAGAAGGCAAAGGAUGAGGGGAUAAUGAGUCCGGCUGAGCUGGACACAAUUGUCCAUCCAAACACGUAUUUCAAACGUAGCUACCAGUUGAAAAACCUGGGCAAGCUAUCAAAGGCAGAUGUUGAAAUGACAGCAUAA